AUAUGGGCUUUUGGGUUCUUGGGUUUUACAAGAGAAAGGAGAGGGAAGACGAGGGCCACGAGUAAUUGCACACUGUAUAUCCUCCUCGACUUCACGUCGAUUUCUGUCUUACUGAGAACAGCUCAACAAUUAUUUUACUGUCAAUUUAAAAAAAAAAAAAAAAAAAAAAUAUUAAAAAAAGAAAAUCAGUUCGCGCUCCUCUUUUUCUUCAUUGUGUGUUACAAAAAAAAAUUUCCAAAAAAAAUCAAAAGUGCCAAAAAAGAAAAUAAAAAAAUUUCCUCUUCCGGUUCCUUCCGGUAUUUUCGUACAUUCCCUCAUGCGUCCGUGACAGCUGUCAUCUGACGUGCAAUGAUGCGCGACUUCGAUUGAUUCAGUGUCUGUGCUCCGGUGCGCGCAUCUCUUGUCACCGGAUUUCGUUUUAUCGUUCUAUUUUUUUUUCCUUUCCUUUUUUCGUUAUUCAAUAUCUGUGUGUGUGUGUGUGUGGUCAAAUAAAUUUUUCCCCUAUUUUUCAAAAUAAUAAAAUUUACUUUUUGGGACGAGGGGGGGGGGGUUAGGAAAUUGUCAAAAUAAAAAAUAAUAAAACAGUGACAAUUAAAAAAAAAAAAAAUAAUAAUAAUAACAAUUGUGUGUCAAAGAGUUUUUUUUUUCACUCUCUGCAGCUACCUGGCAAAGAGAUAAUAAUCAUCGUUGGAAAAUAGAGGAAAUUAACGUGAAAAAUGUAUGAUCAAAAGGAUGAGGAAAAGACAUCCUUUGGUGUCGACAUUCUCAACCCCUUUGUACAUCGUUUGGAGCUUGACACGACCUACGACAAGCUCAAGACGGCGUUCCUUACAGUUGCCUUACUGCCGUUUAGGCUGGCAGCAAUCACAGCUUUAGUAAUAAUGGCCUGGUUACUAGCUUGUUUAGGAUUACACGGUCUCUCCGAAGAUGAUCUUCGAAGAGCUCCACUACAAGGAUGGAGGCGCAAAGUAGUACCCUGGUUAUGUUUUCUGGGACGGCUGACAUAUCAAGCAGGGGGAAUGAAAAUUGUGGUACGUGGAAAACAAGCAUCCCGAGCUGAAGCGCCAAUCUUAGUGGUCGCACCACAUUCCACAUUUAUAGACGGUGGUAUCGUCUAUGUUACUGGAUUUCCUUCCAUCAUCGUUAGACGAGAAUCAGGAUUGAAUCCUUUCAUUGGAAAACUCAUCAAUUAUACACAACCGGUGUAUGUUUGGCGAGAUGAUCCAAAUUCAAGGCAAAAUACCAUCAAGGAAAUUAUUGAUAGAGCAACAUCGAAAGAAGAUUGGCCUCAGGUAAUGAUAUUUCCGGAAGGCACAUGCACCAAUCGUUCUUGUCUGAUUACAUUUAAGUCUGGCGCUUUUUAUCCCGGAGUGCCUGUUCAACCAGUUUGCAUACGCUAUCCCAAUAAGUUAGAUACAGUUACAUGGACAUGGGAAGGUCCUGGAGCACUAAAAUUAUUGUGGUUAACGCUCACUCAAUUGAAUAGCAGUUGUGAGAUUGAAUUUUUACCAGUUUAUAAACCAAGUGAAGCUGAGAAGACAGAUCCUAAACUCUACGCAAACAAUGUUCGUCGGUUUAUGGCCGAAGCACUACAAAUUCCAGUAUCUGAUUACACGUACGAUGAUUGCAGAAUAAUAACAAAAGCACAUCAACUACAUAUUCCUCAUGCCUCAAGUCUCGUUGAGGCACACAAAUUACGCUACAAACUAGGUUUAAUAAAAGCAAAAACCGAAGAGGAAUUGGUGCAGAACAAAACAGAGAGACUUUCCACUGAGGUCGAUUUAUAUGAAUUCGCUAGAUUACUUAGACUCGAUGAUAAGGAUCUAACAACUCAACAACUUUUCAAGAUUAAUGACAGGCAUGGAUCGGGGAAAAUAGAUUUUGAAGAAUAUGUCUUCACAGUAGUAGCAGUAGCAACAGCCAAUUCCGAAUUGGAUUUACUAAAUCUUGCAUUUGAGCUAUGUAGUCCUAGUGGAAUGAAAUAUUUAAAUAUUAACGAACUAAAAAAAGCUCUCAAGCUUUCGCUUCAUAUUUCACCGGACGAUACAGAAAGAAUUUUUCUUCAAGCUAAACGAGAGGAAAACGCCGAUCGAGUCAGUUUGGAUGAUAUUUUAGUGGUAUUGAGUUCGCGUACAGAAUACUCGCACAUGUUUGUUAGCAAUAACGAUUUAAAAAGGAAAAAGACCAUUUGAGAGUGCCUGUGUCCAAAAUCACGAAGUCCUCCACUCAUACGGAAACAUCAAGAUUCCGACACUCUACUUGUGAAUAGAACAUGCUCCAAUCCCGUAUAAACUAAUGAAAAGAUUAUUAACGAAUUUUCAAAAUCUAGUGAUGCAUCAUCACUAGAAAAGUGAAUGAAAAAAAAAAAUUAUAUCCGCGGAAGAAUAAUUUUUAGUCAAUAAGUGGUACCGACCUAAUUAAUUAAUAUUAGCAAUAAUAAAAAAUAAUAUUAUUAUUAAUAUAAUAUAUAUAGAUAAAUUCGCUUUACAGAGACUUUAUUUCCCUUGAUGGGAUAAUAAUAUAGCUAUAUAUAUAUAUAUUGGUUGUUACAUAACUUAUUUUUUUUUUAAAAAAAACAUUUUAGAUUCUUGUAAAUAAUAGUCGCUAAGUAGAAAUCAUUGUUGGGUAUAUGCAAAGUUGUCACUUUUUUCUAAUCUAUAUAGAAAUCUGUUUUUGUUUUUUAAAUAUAUAAAUAUUAUUAUAAUAAUAUAUAAAAUAUGAGGAACGCUUGAAAGAAACUAUUCGUAAUUGUGUACAAAUAUAUUAGAAAUUAUUUAGAAAAGUCACUGUAAACAAAAAAGAAAAGAAAAAAACAAAAAAAAAAAAAUAUAGAGAAACUUAUUUACGAAAAGUCUCAUAAAAAAAACCAAUUUACAAUUCUUCCAUUGAUAUUAUACAAAGAAAGAAAAAAACUUUUUGUCAUUAUAUGACUAAAAUUUUAGUAUUAAUAUACAAAAUUUUUAAUUUUAUACCAAAAAUUGUAAAAAUAAAAAUUUUUUUAAUUUCUAUUAAAAUUUGAGUCAUAAAUACUAAAAUUUUAAUUUUUCAAAAAUUUUCGUAUUUAAAAACAUUAAAUUAAAAAAAAAUGAAAUUUUUAAUUUUGCAAUUAAUGUUUCUUUAAUAAAUUAAAAAGAGAAAGAGUUUUGGAUAAAUUUAAACUCAACUUCCAAAAGAGAUCUCUUCCAAAAAAAAAAAAAAAAAAAAAAUCCAACUAUCAAUACGAUAAAUUUGAAAGUAUUAGUCAAUAUACAUUUAUCUCGUUAUAAAAGAAAAUCAAAUAAAAAAAAAAAAAACGUUAUUUUUCUUUAAAAAAAGAAAAUAUUUAUGACUGUUAGAUAUACAAUGUUACAGAGAAUAAAAAGGGACAUAUUCCUUAAAAAAUUGCAAUCGAUUACCAAUAAAAAAACAAAAGAAAAGAUGUAAAAAAUCAUCUUUUACUUCAUUUUCUAUGAUAUUUUCUUUUUUUUUAAAAUAAUGUCAAUUCAAUUUAUUUUUAAUACUACACUGAAAAAAAAAAAGAUUUAAAAAAUCGGUUAUUUUAUUAUCAAAUAAAUAUUUAAUUAUUAUUUGAGCCAAUUAAAUGGUAUUUAUUUCAAAUACAGAAAUUAUUGGUUCAAAUAAAGUUUAAUUAUUUGCUUCAAAUAAAUAUUUAUUUAAUAAUAUAGUCAACACGCAGAGAAAUUUUUUAUUUAAACCAAAUAUAAUACACUGAAAGAAAAAUUUAUUUGAUUCAAAUAUUAUAUAUUUGAUUCAAAUAAGAAAUAUUUGAUUCAAGUAAAUAUUUAUUUGCUAAUAACCAAAUACACCGGUAUUUGAAUCAAAUAAAUUUUUUUUUCAGUGUAUAUUUGAGUUAAAUAAACUUAUAUUUGUCACAGUACAUUUAUUUGGUGUAAAUAAAAAUUUUAUUUGUCAUAAAUAAAAUUUUUAUAUAAAUCAAGUAAAAAUUUAUUUGCAACAAAUAAAUAUUUACUUGGCUCUUAGAAAAAUAAAUUUCUCUUGAUGAAAUAACCGAUUAUUUGAAUCAAAUAAAUUUUUUUUUUCAGUAUAACUAUUAUCAACAAACACUGUGUUUAAAAAUUAUUAAUAAACAUGCAGCAAUUAAUAAAAUUAUAUUUAAUUUAACAUAAAAAUAUAUAUUCUAUUUAAUAUAAAUUUAUUAAUUAAAAAUAUUCUUAUUUUUUUAAAUAAUUUUUUUGUUGGUGUUCUUUUUAUAUUAAACGAAUUUUUUUUUGCAAUCACGAAAAAACACAGUGUCCGGAUUGUUUUAUUAUUUAUUAUAUAUAUAUAUUUUUUUUAUAAAGAUAAAGGAUGAUGGAUCACAGGAAUUGUUUAUAAGGAAGCAGAUUAAAUAAAUCGCGAUACAGUUCAAUAAUUGCGUAUAUUGACUGCAAAAAAAAAAACUAAGUACACUCAAUGAGGAAUCCAAUUCCAAGAUAUUUAUAGUAAUUGUAAUUUUUUUUUUUUUCUUUUAGUAACACUAGAACGUGAAUGAUGUUUUCUACGUCAUAAUUUCGUAAUUUCUCUCUCACACGCACCAUCGUACAUUCAUUGUUUCGCAUAUAUACCUAGAUAACAUCAAAAUAAAUCUAUCUUUUUGUAAUAGCAAGA